UUCCCAGGCGUCCCGCUCAAGCUCCGAUGGGAGCAUUGGAUCUCGUCGGUGUUUGUCAAGCAGCAUGUACGCGUCCAAAGGUGUCCCUGCGACAUGCGUAUCAGUUUCUCAGAACUCUGUGCAGCGGAUUAUCUUUCGCGAAAUUCGAUCAAUGUGGCCGAAAUGGGAAAGUUUCAAACUGAUUACAGCGAGAGUGAGGUGCACUGCUCAACUAGCUAAAUGAGGUUAGCGUCCACAAAGUUCCUGACAAGUCUGUCUCUAACAGAAUUGCAAUCUGUUGUAGACCUGAUUGUCCAGAGCCUGUAAUGUGGGGCCGAAGAUGCAGUUUUGAUGCACUUUCCUCCCGGCUAAAAACACUCGUCAGGGUGGCAAGUCAAACUUGGGGAGGACGGAGGAGAGCGGGGGGGAGGAAGUCAAGCAGAAGUGGCCCGUUUGUGGGAGCUAUUACCGCCUCAAAAAGCAAUUGAAACUGUUGCAAUUCUGUGUAACAUACUGAAAUAUGUAGAGCUUUGCGUAUAAUUUAGUUAUCUUGAAGUAAAGAUGUAUCUAUUGAGUAUCCAGUAGAAAUUAGAACUUUCUUCGACUCUGAAAUUUGCGCGUAUGUGUCCAUUUACCCUGGGAAAAAAACAUCACAUUUUCUACGAUCGGGAAUUGUUGCGAAAAUGAGAGCUACGCACUUCGAGCUGGAAAUUGUGAUCCUCUUGACCGGGUCCCAAAGCGCCUAGGGUACCUAAAAAGCUCAUGGCGAGGAGUACCUACGUGCAUCGACGCAAGGCUCAGCUUCGUCAUCUAGAAGAACUUUGACUACACAGGCUAUCUCCUGAAUUCCGUCUCACUUAUUGAUUUUUGAAGAUAUUUUACUGCUACUAGAAUCAACGUCUGAAUUCCAAACUCACAAGAACAAUCUAAUCUCUAAUGAAAAUGAACGUGGGCGCAAGUGCAGAUCAUGAGUAUUACGCUAUACAUUAUAAUCCGGCUGCGAGUAACUGGAAGGUUCGUGAAACAGCACGUACUGUACAAUUUCAGAAUAUUAAGAGGGCGCUUGCACCAAGGUGACGCAACAGUUUAGAGUCCCGGUCUUUGUGGCCACUUGGUGCAGGUUUUCCCAUCGGCAGCAGCCUCCAUGUUCCUCGACCUUUCGCACCCUGCCACGACAUUCAUUGUGGUACUCUUCAAAGCGCUUACCACUUGAAUCUUAAGCUUCAACUUCAAGAUUGCAGUACUCCCAUUCUAUAUACUGACCGGAAAUAUCCGAGUUCAUGGACAAUAUCCUUAACAAUUGUUGUGUAGGCAGGCACUAGACAUCGUAACUGUAAUAGCGCAGAACGAUAUGUCCGUUGCAAUCACCUUGGCCUGUCUUGAAAUUUCACAGUGAAGCGGAUUAGUCAGAAGUUGAGCAACUCUGCCUACGAAAAGUUUUCCAUCUGAAGUACGAUUGCUGUUGCAAAGUGACAGCAGGCAAGUAAGAUGGCUGAUGUGGUUGAAGAACCAAGUGAUGCGCCUCUCGCUGUGGAGCAGGUCUCACAAUCGUUUGAACAACCGAUGGGGUUCGAACCAGCUGAUACGCCCCCACCUGCUGAGACUCAGGAUACUGAAGUUCAACCUUCAGCAGACGACGGCAGCAGUUCUAGCAUCGAUGACGAAGCAGAAAGCAAAAAAAUUGAGGAAUCAACUCCAAUCCCCCCCAGUUAUUUGGCGUCUGAGUCGCAUGAAUAUGCUGCUGCUGUUGACACCACACCGGCGUCGCCGUCAGAGAAAUGGAACCAGCUGCUUGAUAAAGUUCAUCCCUCCGUAAUGAAGCAUGCAGAGACUGUCGCCAACCACCCUGUUGUGAAUUUGCUGCGUCAAAGAGCCGGCCAGGCCCAUCAGAGUGUUGUGAACCAUCUCUACGUGCAGAAGGGCGCAAGUACGAUCAAGGCCAGCGGCACUGCAACGUUGGAAACAGGGAAGAAGGUGCGCCAUGAUCCAAGGCGCUUUAUUACCUUCGUUGCAGCCAUCAUCGUCCUCGUGGCUCUGUGCCUUCUCUACUCAGUUUUAACACAGAAAUACCCCGAGUGCGGAGCAGCGAAUGCCCUGAAUGCAUUGAAAGCGAAACUGUCAAAGGGUCAUCAGGAGCUCUAAGAUACCACUUUGGUUCGGAUUUUGCAAUUGGGCCUGCAAUACUAUCUAGGUAGGUCAUGAAGAGCAGUCGACUUCUAAGCUUGGGUGUGGUUUAACUAGAGCUGAACCAACUCCCAAGAAGAGUCACGCAAGCUGAGUUUACCGACAGCUCUCAUAAUGUUCUCUAGAGCGUAUCUAGUACUUCAGUUGCGCAAGGAUCACCUCCGAUCGGGACAUAUAUGCACUGUAAAACUUGUCCUUAGAUUCUUCUAUCCGAGGCUAGCGUGUUCAAACAAUGUAUUAGAGCAUACUUUUCACGACUCUGUUAUUAUCAGGGUACCGAUAAGAGGACACAUAAACUGCAUGUAAUUAAGAAUUUGGAAUUCUGAGCUUCUAGAGUGUUUCACUUUGAAUCUUUCUGCUACGGUGAUGCUGGGUCACCAGGAAGAGAUGACGGAAUAAUAAAGUCGUGCAGAUAUUGCUA